CGGCUCCCCGCCGUCCCCCCGCGCUGGUAGUGGGAGGCAGGGGGAAGCGCCCCCUCCUCUCCCUCCCCUCCCCGCCCCGAGUGCCCACCGCCGGCCGGGAGCGCCGCUCCCCCGGCCGCCCCGCUGUCCCCAUGAUGACCGCCAAGGCGGUAGACAAGAUCCCGGUGACCCUCGGUGGGUUCGUGCACCAGCUCCCCGAGGGCAUUUACCCGGCGGAUGACAUCUCCGCCGCGCUGCCAACUUCGGUCGCGAUCUUCCCCAAUGCCGACCUGGCAGGGCCGUUCGACCAGAUGAGCGGUGUGGCAGGAGACGGCAUGAUCAACGUGGACAUGGGCGACAAGCGGGCCCUGGACCUUCCCUACGGUGGCGGCUUCGCCCCCAAUGCUCCGGCUUCCCGCAAUCAGACCUUCACCUACAUGGGCAAAUUCUCCAUCGACCCGCAAUACCCUGGCGCCGGUUGCUACCCCGAGGGCAUCAUCAACAUCGUGAGCGCGGGGAUCCUGCAGGGGGUCAGCACGCCCUCCUCCGCCUCCUCCUCUGCCGCCUCCUCCGCCUCCUCCGCCGCCUCCUCGGCCACCGCCGCCUCCGCCACCUCCCCGAACCCGCUGGCCGGGGCCCUCGGCUGCACCAUGGCACAGGGCCAGCCAGCCGACCUGGAGCAUCUCUACUCGCCUCCGCCGCCGCCCUAUUCGGGCUGCGGUGACCUGUACCCGCAAGACCCCUCCUCGGCUUUCCUGCCCGCCGCCGGCGGCGGGACACUGCCUUUUCCCCCGCCGCCCUCCUACCCCUCACCGAAGGCGGCGGCGGCCGACGGCGGGCUCUUCACCAUGAUCCCCGAGUACGGCGGCUUCUUCCCGCCGCCCCAGUGCCAGCGGGAGCUCCACGCCGGCCCCGACCGCAAGCCCUUCCCCUGCCCCCUCGACUCGCUCCGCGUCCCGCCGCCCCUCACGCCGCUUUCCACCAUCCGCAACUUCACGAUGGGGGCGCCCCCGGCGGGCGCCGCCCCCGGCAGCGCUCCCGGCGGGGGCGAGGGCGCGGGCGCCCGGCUGCCCGCCGGCGCCUACAGCCCGCACCACCUGCCGCUGCGGCCCAUCCUGCGGCCCCGCAAGUACCCCAACCGGCCCAGCAAGACGCCGGUCCACGAGCGGCCCUACCCGUGCCCCGCCGAGGGCUGCGACCGCCGCUUCUCCCGCUCCGACGAGCUCACCCGGCACAUCCGCAUCCAUACGGGCCACAAGCCCUUCCAGUGCCGUAUCUGCAUGCGGAACUUCAGCCGCAGCGACCACCUCACCACCCACAUUCGCACGCACACCGGCGAGAAACCCUUCGCCUGCGACUUCUGCGGCAGGAAGUUUGCCCGCUCCGACGAGAGGAAGCGGCACACGAAGAUUCACCUGCGCCAGAAGGAACGAAAAGGAGCCGCCGCCGCCGGCGGGUGCCCGCAACCCGGCGGCGGGAGCGGCACGGCCGCCCUGGCCCCCUGCGCUGCGCGGACGCGGACGCCCUGA